AGCCGUGGACAGCUCAGUGAGAGAAGCCACUGCUCUCCCAGGGUGAAGCCGUCGUGCAGCUGCAGCCAGGAGCGGAGAGACUUGGAAUCGGCCAGCCAUGUCCGACUUGGAAUUUGGACGGAUGUCUUUCAAAGAGCCUGAGCUGGAGGCCAAGCGUGGCCCGGCCCAGCCCCACUGGUACGAGCGCUACCUUCAGCCUUGCAUCGGAGAGCUGGUGGGCUCGGCCUUCUUCAUCUACAUCGGCUGCGUUUCGGUCAUCGAGAACUCAGAAGGCACUGGGAGGCUGCAGCCGGCGUUGGCUCACGGGUUGGCCCUGGGACUGACCAUUGCCAUCUUGGGGAAUAUCAGUGGAGGCCACUACAACCCGGCUGUUUCCCUGGGGGCCUGGCUCGUUGGUGGGCUGAACAUGGUGAUGGUCAUUCCAUACUGGAUCUCCCAGUUGUGCGGGGGAAUGAUUGGAGCAGGCCUGGCUAAGGUGACCACAAUGUGGGAGAGGUAUGAAAAUGCCACAGGAGGAGCUUUCACGGCACUCACCUCAGAUCACCAGCUCCCGGCUGCUGUGGUGGGGGAGAUUGUGAUGACCAUGUUCCUGGUGAUGGCUGUCUGCAUGGGGGCCAUUAAUGAGAAAACCAAGAGUCCACUGGCACCCUUCUGCAUUGGCUUCACCGUCACCGUGGACAUCCUGGCUGGGGGAGCUGUUUCUGGAGCCUGCAUGAAUCCAGCCAGAGCUUUUGGCCCCGCGGUGGCUGCCAACCACUGGGACUAUCACUGGGUGUACUGGGUGGGCCCCAUGGGAGCUGCGCUUCUGGUGGGUGCAUUGAUAAGGUUCUUGAUCGGGGACAGGAAGACGCGCUUCUUCCUCAAGUGAGGCGCCCUGCCAGAACCACCGCUCCGCCUUCCCGCGUGACCCCAGGCAGCCGCAGCCACACUGGCCCGGGAAGAGACUGGCAGAAGCGGGGCUCCGCCAAGCGCUCAUUUUUGCCCCUUCAAAACCGAGCGACGAGAUUUUUCUUUUUCACGGUUGCAGAUGCAGGGAAUUCUGCCCCCCCCCCUUUUUGAAACGAUGCCUCGAAUAAGACAGACGAGGGCGAAGAAACGGCCGUCCCGGCAGAUCCACGGCCCACAGCGAGGAAGCCGGAGGAGCUUCGGGCGAAGCGGCCCUGGGCAGCUCCGGCUCGAGCAGCGGCCAGCAAACCAGGCCCGGCGCUUGCAGGGCGCUCCCCCGGCACUUCGCCAGGCCCCUGCGCAGCCCAGUCGAGGAAGCCGCCCCUCGGCUCGGCAUCUCCGGGGGCGGCGCCUCCGCGCAGCCCCGCAGCCAUCGGGGUGCACACGGGCGCAGCGCUUCUUCCGACCGGAUCCCGUCUGCGGAAGGGCUGCUUAGAUGGACCGGUCUCUCGGAGCACCUGGGCCGGGCUCGGAGAUGCCAGCCGCUCCCGUCGGCUCUCCCCAGCCCCAGAGAGUGGCCAUUCCCCACCUCCACACACCCCCGUGGGCCUGAAGCUCCUCCGCGCAUCGCCCC